GAGUUCCAAGUCAAACAACGUAUGCAUGGCAUCAUCAAGGCUCUCUCGGAGAAUCAAGUCAACAUACCUAAAGGGAAGAAGAUGUGGGCAAGCUAUGCAAAAAGCAAGUAUGAGCGAGAGAUUGCGGGGCAUGCAGCAUGGGUUAAGCGCACGGUUAGUGCUUUGGCACCCAACAAGAUCGAGGCUUUGGAUAUUGAGUAUCCUGCUGGAAGCGUGUGGAUUGGACAAUCCUUCGUUGCCAGUGCUAAGGUUCCACCACCGCCGGGCAUUAACGCAGCAGACCUUAUGAAAGAUGAGAGCAAGGAAGGCAAGCAGUGGAUCUUAGUGCCCGCACUUGCUAGGGAGAUCGGCAUGAGCACACACCAGGUAUUUCGCAGGAUGCAAUCAUUUCCUUACAAGAAAUUGCAAGGGGUGAACCAGGGUGGCAAAGACAAGUGCACGGACCUUGGCUCACGCUCUCACACCGUCAAGAAGAUGUGUGGAGAGGGUUACGACAUGUCUCAGGGGGAGAAGUGUGGGUUGGAGCUGCACAUUUUACACCGGGAUCAACACAAUUGGUACAUGCAGCAGAGGUUUCAGAUCAUCUUAAAGGCAGCUUGUACCAAGACCUCCGCUACAGGAACAGAUGCAAACGCCGACGUCUCGACCCAGACAGGCAGGUUCCGGAGGGAUCGUGCUUUGAAGUUAUGGGCAUACCAUUUCGAGUGGGGUGUAAUGAUGACGGCCCUCGAAGGUGGCCAACCUGCGGACAUCAACUUCGGCAAUUAUCCAGAGUGGAGUGACGACCAGCCCUCUUGGUUGGGACAAAACCUCUGCCUCUAUCCUGACCAAGUGUCGUGUGAAUGCCUCGAAAGUUGGCUGCAACACAACUUGGAAGACUGGAUGGCAGACACCUCCGUGGUAUUAGUACAGACGGAUAUGAACAUGUGGAGCCUUGUAUUGCAGCAGUUGGUGCAGGGUUUUGAGGAAAUGAGCAAAUGUGCCAGAAGACUUGCAGCCUUCCACCUCUUGCGCUGGCUGAACCAUCGCGCCGCCGAUCGUGAGGGCGGAUGUGUGUUGGGACAGAUGACUGGCCUGGUGGCUGACCUAACAAGCCUGCUGGUUGUUGCUUAUGACGACGAGAUGGAGACAGAGGUGAACCUUGAAGGUACAACGCCACCGGAAUGGGUGCACAUGAUGUGGAGAAGCAUUCAAGGGUUUAUUCCGGUCCACCCUGGAUCCCCAGAGAGCCAGGGACAAACAAUGGCAGCUGGAAUUACCUGCUUCCAGGUGCACACCCGAUAUGCUCCCCUCGUCAGUCCGCCCUCCUCACCUGUGACUGUACAAGAGAGUCAGGAACCACAGCCAAAUGUGAGCACGCAGACGCAAGGCCAGGGAUGUAAGCGCUCCUAUGUGGUGAUGGAGUUUGCCCCGGACCACAUGAUACCGGGUGAUACACCCCCACGGCCAGUGAGAAUGAGGGUCCCUAUGGUGCAAGGGGCGGCUGGCAUUUCAUGGAGUUUGCUACUUGAGCUGGAUAGAAAGUGGAAACACAAUGAGAUCACCAUGGAGGACAUCGAAGCAUGUCACGGGCCCAGGGUUACACAGCUACUACGAGAGAGAUGGUGUGUGGACAAAUCAGGGGUGGAAACUACAGCAGUGCAUGGGGAAUGCAAGGAGGAGGAUGACGAGCCACAAGCCAAGCUCGAGCAGACCCAGGAGGAGGAGUAUGACGAGACAGGCCUCCUCAGUUUGCAUACGUUUGUUGUGGUUUGGAUGGUUCGCCCCUCCCUGCAAGUCGGUGAUGACCCGGACGAGUACACCUUCCAGCAAAUUGGCAGGGACCUUCUCAGCUUGUGGGCUAGAGAUGGAGUCUCCAUGGAAGCAGUGGCGACCCACUUAUUGUCCCUGGCAGAGGACAGAGAGGACGAAGACUACACCAGUGAGUUUGACUUGCACUUGCAGCAACUUGAGUUGCCCACUGGGCGAAGUGAAGACCCGAGGCGGAGUGGUGGAGUGAUUGGGUCGACUACAUGGAAGGAGCCACAGGAUGGGAAUCUACAGCAGUUCAGAAUGCCCGGGCGGACAACAUGGCAGACCAUGAAAGAAUGGGAUGGCGUAGGACAGGGCGAGGGACGCGUUCCACGAGGACUACUGAGCCCACCGCCUCCAGGAAUGAUGAACGACAUGCUCAGAGCGGAAGAGGAUCCAGAGCAGACACGAGAGCGGCACUACCUCGCCGUGAUCGCUCAAGGUCGCGAGGAGGACGCUGCACAUGGGAAACCAGACAACUGGUUGCGCGCGGCCACGGCACGGUGGCUCUACAUGUUGGGGAUGCGCAACAGCUUUGUUGGGGUGGAGACGCAACCAGCACUCCCCCAUGGCGAGUCGUAUGAGCGGGACCAACACAUUGCGGCCAUCCACCAACAAGAUGUCAUGACUAUGGUUAUGGGGAUGAUGCGAAUGUUUGCUCAACUGUACAUUGAGUGUUGCCAGCUCCUGAACAGGCACCCUAGCCUGAGACAGGAGGACACGGUUGAUGUUGACGCAGACGAUGACCUGCAAAUGAGUGUUACGAGCAAGCCGCCGCCCCUCCUCACCGAUGAUGAGAUCCAGCAGAUGGCCUCGGAUGAGAUGGAAGAAAAACGUUGGAGGGAAGCAAGGGAACGUCAGGAAGACGACGAAGCUCAAUGGCUCGACGAGUGCAGGAGGAAAGAGGAUGAAGAAGCCCGACGACAGCUUCAAGAAUAUGAACACAUGCGCGGACUGCCGAAACGCCUCUGCAUACGUACAGAAACAACAGAGGGAGAAGACCAGGUGGUGAACACCGAGAUCCAUGGGGAAGUUACCUUACACAUUACUGUUGGUGAUGCGACAGCGACGUCGAGUGGCUCCAACAUGCCGAAUGCUGCCAAUGCAAAAUGGGGUUAUUCUGCCACUACAGAGGACAUCACUGAAAGGGUUUACCAGCAGUGGAAAGCAGGGCGACUCAUGGAUGAAAAUGUUGAAGCUAUUUUCGACCAAAGCAUCCUUACCUUAUUUCAUGCACAACUCCUCGUUGACCAUGAGGCAGAACAAGGGUCUAUUGACACCAUGCAGUUCGCUCAGCAAGAACGAGAGGGUACAAUGCCAGUACAGAUGACAUUUCAGUGGGGUGUGGCUGGAGCCGCAUAUCAGAUCGAAGGGGCGCAUGAUGCCGACGGCAAAGCAAGAUCCAUCUGGGACGACUUUUGCAAAGUUCCGGGUGCUAUUGACGACGGCACAACUGCAGAGGUGGCAUGUGACUUCUACCACAGGUAUGAGGAAGACAUUGAACUGGCGCGAGCUGCUGGCUUCAAACACUUCCGCAUGUCAAUCUCUUGGCCGCGAGUCAUGCGAGACGAUGGGCAGCCAAACGAGGUCGGCAUCGCCUUCUACUCCAAGGUCCUGGACAAGCUUGAGAAGGUAGGCAUGGAGCCCUGCGUGACGCUGUACCACUGGGACCUGCCGUCUUCCUUGCAGACGACGGAGAUGCCUGGGUGGAUGAGCCCGAAGAUCAUAGACAAAUUCAUGGCUUACGCCACACUGUGCUUCGAACGCUUCGCAGCAAGGGUUCCCAUGUGGAUCACCUUCAACGAGCCUGCCGUGUUCGUCUUUGGAGGCUAUCAGGGAGGUUGGAACGCCCCGGGUGUAAAGCAGUCGGUCGCUGAAGCUCUCGUAGCGGUGCGGCAUGUGCUGCUCGCACAUGCGAAAGUGGUGGCACUUUAUCGGUCCCACUUCCAGAACGGCGACAAAUCGAAGAGAAUAGGGAUCACCUUGAACACGAGACACUACAAGGCUGUGGAUGCAAGCGAUGCUGCUGCGAAAGGUGCCCAGCACAUGUUGGAGGACCGCAUCGCGUCUUGGUCCGACCCUUUGGUCUUCGGCGACUUCCCUGAGAGCUUCAAGACAACACACGGAGGCAUCACGGCCUUGCGCCUCAGCGAAGUUGAACAAGAAGCUCUACGAGGCUCCAUCGACUUUCUGGGUAUCAACUACUACACGACAUCUGGCAUCCAGGAGGACACAAAAGCAGGCUCAUCCUCCUUCAAGGUGGUAGAGCUGGGCGAAGCCUCCGGUGCAUCCUGGUUGCACUCCUACCCCAAAGGCCUUAUUGAACUAUUGAGAUGGCUAUCACAUCGAUAUCCUGGGCUGGAUGUGGUAAUUACCGAAAAUGGCUUCUGCACCCCCGCCGACGACCCAAAGGCCGUUGAGGAUGAUGUUCGCGUCAGGUACUACCAGGAGCACACAGCCAUGGUUAAGCAGGCGCUGGAGGAAGGGCUGCCCUUGAGGGGCUACUUUGCCUGGACUUUGCUGGACAACUUCGAGUGGGCAGGGGGCUACAAGGAAAGGUUUGGCAUGGUGCACAUCGACUUCAAUAACAAGGAGCCUAAAGCCUAA